UUCUCAUUAAGUGUCCUCAAUAUCAUUGUGUCAAAGUGUUGUGCACAUAACAGAGGCCUGACAAUAGAAGAACAAGAGCACAGAGACGCCUGACAGCUUCAGAUUACAACUCACAGCCGAGCGAGAAGAGUAAACGGCUUUCCACCUGAGACGGAGACAUAAGAGAGCAACGUUAGGAAUCAUGAAGGAUCAAAUACACAGAGUGGCAUCCAAAGACGGCCACAAUAACGUCAAGAUUGACAACGUGGAAGGCAUGAUAAAGCUCUUCUUACAUGACAUCUGGACCACGGUGGUAGACAUGAAAUGGCGCUAUAAGAUCACUCUGUUCGCAUCCACAUUCGUCAUGACCUGGUUCGUGUUUGGAGUCGUUUUUUAUCUUAUCGGUCUGAGGAACGGCGACUUUGACGCGGACCAGUCGUCCAAUCACACGGCAUGCGUGAUGAACGUGGAAACGCUGACGGGAGCAUAUUUGUUUUCUCUGGAGACCCAGACCACCAUUGGCUAUGGGUUUCGUCACAUCUCCGAGGAAUGCCCGCUCGCCAUACUCGCGCUGGUAGUUCAGCUGGUCUUCACGGGCCUGGCGGAGAUUUUUGUGACCGGCGCCUUUCUGGCCAAGCUGGCGAGGCCUAAGAAGCGCGCGGAAACCAUUAAAUUCAGCCAGUCGGCGGUGGUGUGCAAGCGCGGGGGCGCCUGGUGUUUGAUGGUGCGAGUGGCCAACAUGAGAAACAGCCUGCUGAUUCAGUGUCAGCUCUCGGGCAAAUUACUGUCGCCCUACGUUACCCAAGAGGGCGAGAAGACCCUCAUCCACCAGGCCAGCUUAGACUUUAAUCUGGACUGCAGUGACGAAUGUCCGUUCCUUCUCAUGCCCCUGACCUUCUGCCACCUCCUGGACGACAGCAGCCCGCUGGCCGGUCUCACGGCCGCCAACCUACCGACCCGAGAGUUUGAGUUGCUGGUGACUCUAAACGGUACGAUGGAGUCGACCGCGGCUACCUGUCAGAGCCGAACGUCUUACGUGCCGCAGGAGAUCCUGUGGGGUUAUGAGUUCAAACCUGUGCUUUUCAACACGCCUGGGGGGAAGCUGGCUGCCGAUUUUAACUUCUUUGAUAAAGUGCAGAUGUGCGACGAGCCGUCGACCGUCCAGAACAACUCUGAGAAACUUCAGCUGGAGGAGAAAUACAGACAAGAGUGAAGAAUCCACUCCAUAAGACCAGAAUCAAAAAAAUGAAAUCAAUCUUCAGUUAGUAGAUUAAUUAAUUACUCUUGUGCAUUGUGAUUAGGGUUGCAAAAUUCAUUGAAUUUUGGAAAAUUUCAAUGGAAAUUACAUGGGAAUAUAUAUGAGCAUUGUGGCACAAUGAUAGGGUUGCAAAGUGGCGGAAUGUUUACAGUAAAUUUAAUUUAAAUUUAAUCUAAGUUUUCUGGGAACUUUAUCUUUUAAAUGUUAGACAUAUUCCAAAUUGGAAGCAUAACAGGAAUUUAUGGGAAUUAUUUGAACAUUUUGGAAAUUAUAAACAAUAUCAUAUCAUACAAAAGAUUUUUAGUUUAAAUAAUUAGUUAUUUUUUUACUUUUUAUUAAUCAAAAAUCCCGAUACUUAUACUCAUCAAGCCUGGAUUUAUUUGAUUAAAAUCCUUCAGAAAUCAUUUUAGUACGCUGUGUGUUGUGUGCAUGUGACUGAUGAAUGUGCAGGGUAGAAAUUCAACUGAAAUUGAAUGAAAUCUUUUUCGCUUAAACUAAAUUAUGCUGCAAGAUUUUUUAACUACAUUUAAGUUCCCUGUAAUAGGCAACUCUGCAAUUUUUUCCAAAUUAUUCCCAUGAAUUCCCGUUAACUCCCAUAUAUUACAUCCUUAAAGUUCCUGGAAUUUUGCAACCCUCCACAUGAAUGAAGACGAGUCUGAUGUGGAGAAAGCUAAUGUAUUGUAUGUGAUACAGUUUGUAUAAAUUACCCAAAACAAAACCCGAUAUAAAUCAUUUCCUUUAAUUCCUUAGAUUUCUAACUUGGAAUAUUUUUAAAAUUCUUGAGCUUUGCAACCCUAAUUAUGAUUCAUAAGUGCAUGUUACUUUAAGGAUCAUUAUCGUAAAGAAAUGAAAAUGUUGGUCUGUUUUUGAAUAUAAACAUUAAUGUAUAAUA